CGUAAAAAGACUAGGAGGAGCGGCGUAGCCCUCGCGGCUUUGCCGCUCGUGCUUGUCUUUUUACAUGCCAGCAUCCAGGGUGCGUUACGUGUACGGAUGUACGGGCCGUUAUCACGCGUCUAACCAGGAGUUGGGCCGAGUCGUUCAUCCUUGAGUGUAGGAUCCAUGGCGCACGUUGCUGCAGGAUUUCUGACGGUGAGCAAGCAUCGCUUCAGCAUUGUGGAGUCAGCAGGGCCACUUUUCCCCGAUAUGAGUCGCUUUCAUCGCUAUCGUGUAUGGAGGGCAGCCUCAGUAGUUCACCUUUACUUCAGUCUUAGCUGUCUGGCACUAGUAGCAGCGUUAGCACUCCUUGCUCUAGGCAUAGAGGACUUAGACUAUCGCCUCCACGGUGACAUUCCUGAUCACCGUGUCUCAAGGAGAGAUACAGACGGGGAAAAUGCUGCAGCCUCCCCACUGGAUUUGGCGGCCAUUCACGACAAGAACGUGUCACCGGCCCUCGAUGUGAACUGUACACCGCCCAGUAUCGAUAAUUUCCCGCCUAAUCUCAUGAGUUGGGAGGUGCUGCGCCAUGGCGGAUUUCUCAUCAACUUAGCGGCCGUCUUCUACAUGUUUGGCAUCCUUGCGCUGGUCUGUGACAACUAUUUCAUGUCGUCACUGGAAAUUCUGUGCGCAGAUCUACAUUUAUCAGAGGAUGUCGCUGGUGCAUCGUUCAUGGCCAUAGGAGGAUCCGCGCCAGAACUCUUCACUUCUAUUUUCGGAGUGUUCAUUGCAAAGGGUAACAUCGGCGUUGGGACGGUUAUUGGCUCAGCCGUGUUUAAUAUUCUCUGUGUCAUUGGAUUGUGUGGAGUACUCGCUGGGCAGAUUGUGUAUCUUUCCAGAUGGCCCCUUGCUAGAGAUUUCUUAUGGUACGUCUUAACAGUCAUAGGUCUCGUCUUGGUCAUCUGGGAUAACGUUGUUCAUUGGUGGGAGUCUAUGAUAUUUAUUAUCGUGUACAUAGCCUAUCUCAUCUUCCUAUAUUUCGACCCACCGAUCAAACGUUACAUGGAGAGUUAUUCCGGGUGUCAAACGGACCACGACCGUGAAGGUGAUGACGUAACGUCUUCUGAUCUCACCUCCUCGGGGGCGGAGACCACGCCCAUCGUAGUGGACCAGAAAUUGCAAACCUCGUCAUUCGGUGCAGAUGACAAUGACAAUUCAGGCAAAACAGCACCAGACGAGAAGCUACAAGAAACUGAAGUCAACCCACUCUCUCCGUUUCUAAUUCCCGAUGGAUGCUGUAAGCGAUUCUUGUGGUUCGUUGGUUUCCCACCGUCAUUCCUUUUCUACUUGACGAUUCCCAACUGUUCACUAAAACGCUGGAGAAAGUGGUACCCUGUAACCUUCGUCGUAGCGUUAGCGUGGAUUGGGGCCGUGACAUACCUACUCGUCUGGAUGGUGACGAUAUUAGGCUAUGCAUUCCAUGUGCCUGAUUCGGUAAUGGGCCUUACACUGGUUGCCGCUGGUUCCAGUACGCCAGAUACCAUCCUAAGUGUUAUCGCGGCAAGGAACGGCUAUGGUGACAUGGCUAUUUGCCACUCUAUCGGGAGUAAUAUCUUUGAUAUUCUACUGGGUCUUGGCCUACCCUGGUUCCUACAUUCAGCCGCCGUGCAACAGGGCCAACCCGUGCCGACAUACAGCGAUGGUUUAACUAUCAUUGCUGCCAUGCUACUUGCAACAGUCGUCGUCUCAUUAAUUAUCAUCAAGCUAAGUAGCUUUAAACUCAAUAAAAAGAUAGGCGUAGUUCUUAUCGUGUUCUACGUUGCUUUCCUGAUACCCGCUAUCUUGCUUGAGAUGAAUGUACUUGUCAAAGGGUUGACAUUACCGCAAUGCCCAAGAAAGGGAGAAUAAUUUCAUUUUUAUUUAACUUUGCUUAAAUUAUACUUUUGCUGAUAUAACGAGCGUAUAAUAUUUCAUUAACCGGUCAUCAACAAAUCCUUCAAGCUAUACCACUACCAACCACAUUUUAGAGUUGUCAGUAUGGUAAUACGAAGCAAGAUUGCAAAAAUUAUUAAUUACUGAUUACAGCUCAUUAAAAAGGUCACUAAUUAAUUUUGACUGUAAAAUAUUUGUUUUGGUAAUUAAUGAGCUCGAAAUCUAAAUAAUUGUUAUAUUGAUUCUAAAAGAAUUAGUUAGAAGUACUUAAAAUGAAAUUAAAUAGUACUAACAUAGACGUUAGGGCACAAAUUAGUUUCUGAUGGGGGAAGGAAAUUUAAGAAAUUAAAUAGUAACCCCUUUUAUUUUUUUUUCAAUUUUGGCCAAAAAGAAAUAUUCAAAGGCCGUACUAUACAUUCAAACUCGAUUUAUAGACAGCUACAGAUGUGCCGUUCAAAAA